AAAGUGCUACCUAAUUACAUACAUAUGUAUAUACAGGGUAUAUACAAGUUAUUUAUAUAGAAUACACAAUUUUUACACAAUAUAGAAGCUAUAUUAACUUAAAUUCCAAGCUACAAAAAUGACAGUUACCUACACCGGCGAAGUUGCUACAUGCCGUGGAUUUGGUUGUUUUCUCAAAUUGCUACUAAGGUGGCGAGGCAGUAUUUAUAAACUAGUAUGGCUGGACUUGGUGGCCUUUCUUUUCCUCUACUAUUUAUUAAAUAUAAUAUAUCGAUUCGUCCUGAAUGCCGAACAGAAAGUAAUGUUCGAGGCGAUUGCACAGUAUUGCUACAAUUACAGUGAUCUCAUACCCCUGUCCUUUGUAUUGGGCUUCUAUGUGUCAAUUGUGAUGACACGUUGGUGGAAUCAAUACACCAGCAUACCCUGGCCCGAUCCCAUCGCGGUCUUUGUCAGUUCAAAUAUACAUGGACAGGAUGAACGUGGUCGUAUGGUGCGUCGUACCAUUAUGCGUUAUGUGUGUCUCUGUCUGACAAUGGUUAUGACGAACAUAUCGCCACGUGUGAAGAAACGUUUUCCCAACUUGUCGAACUUUGUGGAGGCUGGCCUGUUGAACGAGAACGAAAAGAACAUUAUUGAGAGUAUGAAUAAGAGCUUUCCCCGUCAUUCAAAGCAUUGGUUACCAAUCGUAUGGGCUGCCAGUAUCGUGACACGGGCACGCAAAGAGGGCCGCAUACGUGACGAUUUUGCGGUGAAAACGAUAAUCGAUGAGCUGAAUAAAUUCCGGGGACAGUGUGGCCUGUUAAUAUCGUACGACACAAUAAGUGUGCCUUUGGUCUAUACCCAGGUGGUAACAUUGGCAGUGUAUUCGUUCUUUUUGUGCUCGGUCAUGGGCCAGCAGUGGACUGAGAAUAAGGUUGUGGCCAAUAGUAAUUAUUUGAAUAAGGUUGAUUUGUAUUUUCCGGUCUUUACGACGCUGCAAUUUUUCUUCUACAUGGGAUGGCUGAAAGUGGCGGAGUCGUUGAUAAAUCCCUUUGGGGAGGAUGAUGAUGAUUUUGAGGUCAAUUGGAUGGUGGAUCGCAAUCUGCAAGUAUCCUACCUGAUUGUGGACGAAAUGCAUCACGAACAUCCUGAGCUGUUGAAGGAUCAAUACUGGGACGAAGUCUUUCCCAAUGAACUACCCUACACCAUUGCCUCGGAACGUUUCCGUGAAGAACAUCCCGAACCCUCAACGGCCAAAAUUGAGGUCUCCAAAACCGCUGCAAUGCCCACCGUUAUGUCCAGUGUGCGCAUUGAUGACAUGGUUGGUAAUCAAACAGAAUCAAAUCCCGGUUCCCCAACAACUGUGCAGGCAGUUCACUAUAAAUUCCCCAAUCAAGAUGAGGAGGCUGAUGAUGCCAGUGGCAUACAUUUUACCGCUGGCAAUGGCAAAACUCGGCCUGGUUCGUCACCCAGUUUGGUUAGUCUUAGUGGCACGCUGUCACGAGUCAACACUGUUGCUUCGGCUCUUAAGCGGUUCCUGAGUCGUGAUGACAGCCGCCCAGGAUCGAUUACACCAAAUGAUGAAACACAAAAAUAUAAAUUCCCUGGCAGUGCCAGUGCAGCUAGUUUAGCGCCGGCGGCAAACACGAAACCCAUUGGUAGUAUGCGUAUUACCGAUCAAGUUAUCGAAGAAGUCGAUGAACAGACAACAAUAACAUCACAUCGUGGCCAGGAUCAUAAUCGUCCAAAUGUACGAGAUAUCUUCUAUCAAGGUCAACCGAAUCAAACGGAACCCAUGGAUAUUCCUAGUAAUAAUAAAAUCUAUAUGCGCACACAAUCGUCGGGCGAGCCACAUCUCUUUCCACCGGGUGGUGUGGAAGCUUUGUUGAGUACCUCUGCCCCGGCUGCAGAGAGUCCCAGUAUGGCUCGUACAGUGCCAAGUUCACCGGUGGGUGAGAGUACUAAAUCGUUGUUCGAUCAAGUGAAUCGGGACCAACGUGAACGGGGUAGUCGGGAAACAGCACAAUUAUUAGGACGUCAUGAAAUCACCACGCCCCAGUUCAGGUGGUUUUUAUCAACCGUUGAGGAUAUGGAAAUGAAAUCCACUGCCGAUUUAAUUGCUGCAGCUGAUGCUGAUGGCGAAACAGAUGACUUUGAAAAGCUCAAAGCAGAACGUGAAAAAGAACGACUCGAAAGACAAACAAAAUUUGCUCGAUCAAUGAGUACAGCACCGGCUGCUGAAAUUGUGCCAGUGGUGGCUGCAGCCAUUAUACCAGCCCCUGCAGCAGCGGCAGCAACUGCUGGAACCCAGCCGUCACAGCCAGCGACAACAAAUAAUAGCAAUGAUGUAACGCCAGUGAAUCCAUUGCCACCAGCUAGUUCGAUUAUCGAUUUGCUGUCAAUAUCAGAACCCGUCACAAAUUCAACAACAAAAAACAAUGAAGACAAUAAUGAAUGACAUACUUUUGUCUAAGGAUCUGACCAGAGGCCAAUGUGUUGUGUGGAUAUGAUGAAAGUGUAGUUGGUUGAUUGCAUGUAUGCCGGUGAUGAGUUACAUGGUGUUACAAUAAAUUUUGUUAGCAAAUACAAGAUUUCCUGCAGUUAUGUGGAAAAUUACUUCUUCAAAAAUAAGUAUUUUUAUACGCGUCAAUGUCCAAUAGAUUUUAGUAUAAAACGAAGAUUCGAAUCCAAAACUUCAAAACAUUCUUAUCCCAGUUUAUGGAUUUUCCAUUUCAAAAAUAAUAUAGUACCUUCCUUAUCUAUUUUAUGGUUGUAUAAAAUUUCAAAACUUCCUGAUUUUUCUCCCUGUGUUGCCAAAAUGUUCUUGUAGCGCUGUGUAAUACAUAUUAUUUACAAAAUAACAUAUAUGUUAUAUGGUUACGUAUUUAUUUAUACGUACUUAAAAAUGUACGGGUAUGUUAGUUGUAUUUUGUAUAUAUUUAUAACAAAUAUUUAUAAAUGCCUAGAAAGCUUCAACAAGUGUCGUCUCGAUAGCAAAAAUACUAAAUAUCAAAAAGACAAAAAAUCAAAUGUAUUCUAAUAAUUGUUUGUAUUAAUUUAAACUAAGCUUAAAGCCUUUACAAAAAUAACAAAGAAAUAGGACAAAACGAUCGAUUUUGCUAAAUAUGCUCACAUCAAAAUUAAACGCUGAAUACGUGAAAAAAAGGAACUAAAAUUUAGCCGUAAUAUUAAAAUAAUAUAUUUAAAUCUUUUUUAUAUAUUCAAAUACAACAGAGUCAAACGUCGCAGUGGUCUUUAGCAACAAAAUAGUAUCAAUAUUUUGUAAUAAUAUUUUAUCUGAAUAAUAUAUUUUUUUCGUCUUAAGUAGUAAUAUUUAAAAAAAAAUGGAAAAUUUUCAUUGAAAUCAAUUUUCAUUUCAUUUAAAAGACAAAAGACCAUAUUGUUGUAGUGAUAACUCGUUGAGAAUAUAUUAAGAUAGUUUUUUUUUCGUUUCCUUCUCACAAAUACAAUUUAAUUAUGAUAUUUUUUACACUAACUAAUUUUUAAGACAAAAAAAAAUAAUCUAAGUUAUAUUUCAAAUAAAACUUGAAAAUUCCAAAAAAUGAACAAAUGAAUAAAUAAAAAACAAACUUAACAGAAAA